GCUCGAUCAAAAGAAUAUUAUUAUUCUUUACGAUCAAUUAUCUGCCACGAUCGACUAAUCGGGCACCCAACUCUUCUAUCUCGGUCUAGGUGGAAGGCGCAAGCUUCCGCACACCUCCAAUGGACUAAUCACAUCCGCAGACACCGUCACAUCAUCCCAUCAUUUGAGCUCGUUCCCUCCACAACAACACCGCCAACACUCCGUAUACUCCUCAAAAUGCGGCACCCAACGCUUCAAUUCCUGGUGCUGGCUCUGCUGCUGGUGAUGGCCGCAGCUUGGACGAAAGAAGAUCACGAAAUCUUCCAGCUUCGAGACGAAAUUCUGGCCCAUGAAGGCGCAAAUGUGACAUUUUAUGAUUUUCUCGGUGUCAAGGCGACCGCAAACCAGGACGAUAUCAACAAAGCCUAUCGCAAAAAAGCCAAACAACUUCACCCCGACAAAGUAAGACGCUCCUUCAUCGCAAACAACUCUCGAACUCCACGAGACAAGACCAAGGGCAAGAAGCCCGGUGUACACGUGUCCAAGGGGCCUUCCGAACGCCAAAUUUCGAAUGCCGUCAAAGAAGCGAAUGAUCGCGCAGCACGGCUGAACGUCGCUGCAAACAUCCUACGUGGUCCAUCCCGCGAACGUUAUGACCAUUUCCUCAAUUAUGGCUUCCCCAAAUGGAAGGGAACAGGGUAUUACUAUUCGCGCUUUCGUCCGGGGCUUGGGUCUGUGUUGCUAGGUCUGUUUCUUGUCUUUGGCGGCGCUGGUCACUACGCCGCUCUUGUGCUGUCGUGGAAGCGCCAGCGGGAGUUCAUGCACCGCUACAUUCGUCACGCUAGAAAGGCCGCGUGGGGAGACGAGAGGGGACUGGGUGGUAUCCCCGGCCUAGAUCCCUCAGCUGCCACCCAUGCGCCGCCGCCACCACCAAGUCAGCCAGAAGAGGCCCAGGCAGUGGCGAUGAACCGCCGCCAGAAGCGCAUGAUGGAUCGCGAGAAUCGCAAGGAAAACAAGAAGGGAGUCAAGACCAACGGACGAGAAGCUGGAUCGGGGACAGCCACGCCAACCAGCGAGACUGUAGGUGCCGUUGGUAACAAGAGACGCGUCUAUGCAGAGAAUGGGAAAGUUCUUGUCGUCGACUCCGUUGGAAAUGUUUUCUUGGAAGAAGAGACCGAGGACGGCGAAAAACAAGAGUUUCUACUUGAUGUCGACGAGAUUCCUCGUCCACAGUUCCGCGACACAGUUGUCUUCCGCCUACCGGUUUGGAUCUACCACAAGACCGUCAGUAAAAUCACUGGCGGUGGUCCCAAGUCAGAGGAUGAUGAUUCACAAGACGUAGAUGCAGACACCGCGCAGGGCAAUGAGGAGGUCAAAGACGAAGUCACUUCGACAGCCACAUCUACUAAAAGCGCUGCGAAAAAACGCGGUAAGCGCAGCAAGAACUAAGCUUGGCACAUAAGUGUAUAAUGGAAAAGAAUUGUAAAAUAGUAUAGUAUAUCUAGUUACUCGGUGCGUUAUUUAAAAUU